AUGUCUCGCCAACACGUCAGAGGCCACUCGUACCACGAGGCGCAGAGGCCGCACCCCGCGCAGGGCUCGUCCGCCGUGCCCGUCACGGGCGGCGAGCGCGCCGCUGCAGCGGCGGCGCGCGCAGGCGGAGCGGAGGUCGCAAGGCCCGUGGCGGGCAAUCUAGAGAGCUUCCUCGCGCACGUCACCCCGCACGUCAAACUGCACUUCCUCCCCCAGGUACCGCCUACCGCCUCCCCCGUUCUCUCCCACAGGUACCACCCUCUCCCUUUCUUUUCCCAGGACUGGUGCGACGAGCACAGCAACGGCGCGCGCGCCAAGGCCCCCCCCGGCGCGCCUCCCGCAGCGUUCUUCGCGCUGAGCGACCUGUGGGACGCGCUGGAGGAGUGCAGCGCGUACAGCGCCGCCGUGCCGCUGCACCUCCCCCCCACAGGCGCGCCCGCCACGCAGCACUACGCGCCCUCCAUCUCCGGCCUCCAGCUCUUCUCCCGCCUCCCCGCGUCCGCCGCGGGCCCCCCUGCGCCCGCGGGCCCCCCCGCCCCGCGCCUGAACUCGCGCAGCCCGCUGGAGCAGCCCAGCCUGGCGUCGUCCCCCCACUCCCCGCACUCCCCCCACUCCCCGCACUCCCCGCACUCCCCCCAAUCCCCCCACUCCCCGCCGUCUCCCUGGGCGUCGUAUCUGGAGGAGGGCGGCAAUGGGCGGUGCGAGGAGGGUGCAGAGGCGUGGUGCCGUGACUGCAGCGGCGGGCGUCCGCUGCUGGAGUUCUUCGAGCGCGCACCGCCACACUGCCGCCCGCCGCUCUACACCAAGCUUGGGCUGCCCAUGCGCCGCUGCUCCCAGAGUGGGUGCCGCUGCCUCCCUGUGUGUGCCGCUGCCUUGCCUUACAUGCCCCUCUGCGGUAGGCGGCAGAGGGAGCGGGCAGUGCGAGCUGGAGCUGAGAGCGCGCGUUUGAGUCAAGCCAAAACUCGAUUCACUCUUGCAGCUGCAUCCGCGCAGCUGGAUCGCCAUCGCCUGGUGUGUGUGCCUGCCCGUCCCCUUUGCAAGGGGGGGCUAGCACCCCCUUGCACCCCCACCUUACUGCGCUCUGCCACGCACUGUCCCUUGUGCCACAUCGUGCCGCCGCGUCCCCUCUUUCACCACACCCACCCACCACACUCUCUGCACUGCACCCACUCGUUCCCCGAUUUCCGUGUCUCCCCAACAAUGCCCUCGUUCGCCGCUCCCGCACCCCUGUCCUGUCCCGUCCCACUGCCAUCACGUUUUGAGACGUCUCACAGCUUGCACCCACACCCAUCUUGCACCCACACCCAUGUUCUGUGCAUGCUCCCCCCCGUCCUGUCCCGUCCCACUGCCAUCACCCCUCACACGCCCAUCCCCCCUUCGAGCGCAGGUACCCGGUGUACAGCAUUCCCACAGCCGUGGCACUGUCCCUUGUGCUCCCCCCCCGUCUCAUCCCACGUGCCCAUCACUCACGUGCCUCACUGCCCCCCUGCGCGCCCAUCACCCCUGCCCACCCAUCCCCCCUGCGUGCCCAUCACCCCUCACGUGUCCAUCCCUGCCUGCGAGCGCAGGUUCUGGAUCGCGCCGCCCUCCUUGCCCGUCUUCCAAUCCGCCAAGCACGUGCCCGCCCGCCCAUCGUUGGAUUCAGCUGACGGGGCGAGCGAGGGGAGGCAACGGGGGGUUUUCACGACGCCUCUGGUGCCGUUUGGCUUUGCGGGGUACAAGACGUGGGGGACGGUGUGGGCGGACCGGGGGGCUGUGCGGGGCCUGGAGGUGGCGGCAACGCAAUGGCUCAGGCAGAUUGAUGCCAACCUGCCCGACCAUGCCUUCUUCUCCAGGCAGCGAUAG